CCCCGAAUGGAGGUCAAUACGUAACAGUUAAGAUAUUCCAAAGAAAAAUCUUUAAGUGAUGAGUAAAUAGUUCGUGAUCGCAAAUAAAUAAAAAUCCUAAAUAAUCAUCGUCAUGCCGAGUAAUACUCAAUUGCUAACGCUCGCUUUUUAACUAAACGCGAUUUUCAACAGCUUGUUUCCCGCAUUUACGCUUUUCUGGCUCGAGAAUGAGUUCACAGGAAGAUUCUAAUCAGGUUGUACCUGUUGUGAUUGGAGUAGGAGUUGUAUUAAUUUCAGUGAUAAUUUAUAAAGUAUAUUUCUCAGAAAAACCUUCAAAAUCAUCAAAAUCCACCAAAAAAACCCAACGAAAUCAAUUAAUCACCUUAGAAGACCCACAAAAUAAAUAUCAAUUACCUUUAAUUGAAAAAGAAGAAAUAAGUCAUGAUACACGAAGAUUUCGAUUUGGUUUACCAUCAAAUAACCAUGUUUUAGGGUUACCAAUCGGACAACACAUCCAAUUAUCAGCAAAAAUUAAUGAUGAACUCACAAUUAGAUCAUACACUCCAGUUAGUUCUGAUGAAGAUAAAGGUUAUGUUGAUUUAGUGAUUAAAGUUUAUAUGAAAAAUGUGCACCCAAAAUUCCCUGAUGGUGGAAAAAUGACCCAAUAUUUAGAAGCAAUGAAAUUAGGGGAUAAGAUUGAUUUUCGCGGUCCUUCCGGUCGAUUAAAUUAUCAAGGAAACGGCCAAUUUGCAAUUAAAAAGCUUCGAAAAGAUCCUGCACAAAUUGUUACAGUUAAAAAAGUUUCCAUGAUCGCCGGAGGCACUGGAAUUACACCAAUGCUACAAUUAGUUAGACAUAUCGCUAAGGAUCCUACUGAUAAUACCGAAUUAUGUUUGCUUUUUGCAAAUCAAACUGAAAAAGAUAUUUUGGUCCGAAAGGAAUUGGAAGAAUGCGCCGAAAAAUAUCCCCAACAAUUUAAGUUGUGGUACACUUUAGAUACACCACCGGAAGGAUGGAAAUACAGUUCAGGAUUUAUUAAUGAAAAUAUGUUGAAAGAACACAUUUUUCCACCGGGAAAAGAUUCGCUAGUUUUAAUGUGCGGACCACCUCCGAUGGUUAAUUACGCUUGUAUUCCAAAUUUGGAUAAAUUGGGUUAUGAUAAAGACUUAUAUUUCGCUUAUUGAAAUGUUACUUAAUGUAUUAAUCGGUUAAUAUUGUUCGAAGUUGUUCAAUAAAUUAAAAUUAUCAUAUCUAAAA